UAGCCGGUAUUUUAUAGGGAAAAUGUCACUCAGGCAUGAAUUUAAUGCAAAGUAAAAAAUUAUGAUUGGCCAAUUUUUAUUCGAAAAUAAUAUUUUUUUAAAACUUCGACGACUGAGGACCCCUAUUGUUUUCAUCCAAGUUGAAAUGUGUGUGUGUGUAAAAAUGGGGACCGAUGUUUGUUUGAGGGUGGGAGUGCUCUGGGAAGAGGGGGGGGGGCACAAACAAUAAGCAUAAAACCAUCGUACAAUAUUCUAUUUUGAUGGAGCCAAUAGCACUCGAUGUUUGAAAUCGUGUACGUAAUAGUGGAAAUUGACAAGUUGGAUCAUUUGACGGUCGAAAAACCAAGCUUUGAGACGUCUGUUCAUAUUGAAAAAUGUCUUUUACUUGCAGGGCAGUGUACGACCUGUCUUAAAUGGAGUAUCCUUCUGAUCCAGUCGAAAAGCAGGGAAAAUUCGAGUGUAACCGCAAAGGUCAUAUCGGUAGGUAGAUCCGGCAAUAUGGCGAUGUACAUCAUGAUCGCGCAAAUUGGUGAAAAAUCUGACAAACAAUCAAGAUCUUCUGUUGUUAUGUGGGCGAUGUCAAGGCUGAAUGAAGAUCGAGCUAACAAUAAUGAAAUCGCGAGACUUGAUGAUGAUGUACCGCUACCCGUACAUGUAACCAAUGGAAUGAAUCGACCAGUGAAGCUGUAUAGUAUGCCGAUAAGGGUAUAUUCAACCCAUCGGUGGCCGUUCUUUUCAACAAGUGACGAUGCGGCCGGCUACGAGACAGUGGUUACCAUUCAUCAAAAGCUAAACUCAGUGCCUCGGAUGAUACAGCCCAUGAUUAACACCAGAAAUGCAUCACGUAAACCAUUUACUAGUUGGUCGUCUAUUAAAAGACGACAUUCAACAACUAUAGUCCAAACAAUAUGGAGCGGUCAGCUGUCAAAGGAUAACACACCACGACGCACUUUAGACACAAGUAGUUUCAGAUAA